AUGUUAGGUUCACUUCUUAUCUCCUUUCUAACUAUAGUCAAUGGGAUUCUCUUACGGUCACCAGUUUCUCUUCCUAGCAAGCACUUUGUGCUAGUACAUGGGUCAUGCCAUGGUGCCUGGUCAUGGUACAAAGUCGUGGCGGUACUAAAAUCCUCUGGACACAGUGUCACGGCAAUAGACUUAGCCGCUUCAGGUAUAGAUCUGCAGCAGGCUAAGACUCUCAAAUCUGUAUCUGAGUAUCAUCGGCCGUUGAGGGACUUCAUGGAAUCCCUACUGCCACAUGAGAAAGUGAUCCUGGUUGGUCAUAGCUUAGGUGGGCUAGCAAUUUCUCAAGCCAUGGAAAUGUUUCCAGAUAAGAUUUCUGGGGCUGUUUUUGUCACAGCCUUAAUGCCUGGGCCUGCACUCAACAUUUCUACUCUUAAUAAAGAGUCAUUCAGCAGGACAGGUUCUCUCCUGGACAGCGUUUACACAUACGAUGAUGGACCUAACAAGCCUCCAACCACACUGGUUUUAGGCUCAAAAUACUUAUCAUCCAAAGUAUAUCAGCUCAGCCCUGUAGAGGAUUGGGCAUUGGCAACAAUGUUGGUGAGACCAUUACGUUUGUUUAGUGAAGAAGACCUCUCAAAGGAACUAGUGCUUACAGCCCAGAACUAUGGAUCGGUUAAUAGAGUUUUUAUCAUUUCUGAGAAAGAUGAGUUAUCAGAGAGGGACUUUCAGCAAUGGAUGAUUGAGAGAAAUCCACCAAAUGAACUGGUGGAGGUAUUAGGAUCCGACCACAUGGUCAUGAUGUCCAAGCCAAGAGAGCUUUCGGGUCAUCUUCUAAGUAUUGCUAGAAAAUAUAUUUAG